AUGUUUGUUCUGCUGCAACAAAGCCCGUACAAUCUUCAUUUCUAUGCCAUCAUUCGAGACUUGACCGCCAUCGCCAUGGCAAGUUUUCCUACCCGUGACGCGCACCCUGGUGCCGCUUUAACCUACACGGCCUAUCUCGAUGAGGUGCGCCAGCAAUCCUCAUGGAAGUCGGAGAAACACAAAAACAUCUUGAACAGGCUCCAAAUCGGCUGGGCUGCGAUUCAAGAACAUGUCACGCCACAUAUCGCUGAUUGUAUUGCAUACCAUGUUGAGAAAUACAUCAUUGACAUGACCUCGAUCAAUCCUGCCGAUCUUCCUCUUCCCUCAGUCUAUUCUACCGUCUUGAAACGUACCAGCUACGGCAGCAUCACCUACCCAGAGUGGUUUUUUCUUGCAUAUUUCCCCCCCGAUACAAUCUUCUAUCCUCCUGGAAUGAUCUGCGAAGAACAGGAACAGAAGUUCUACGGACCUGGGGUCUUUUUUGAUCUUGUCCCGCAAUCCCAACGCCGGACUGAAAUCAUCAAGGAAGACGCAAAGGCUAAGCCUGUUACCAAACACCCCAAAAUGUUCGAUUCGGCAUUCACGUCUCUCUCAACACGCUCAACGCUCCUCAGACAGGAAGCGCAGCUUGACCAAGAGCUUGCCCAAUUCUUCUCAGAGACGACAACGUCCUCCAAAAAGCGGAAGCUUCAACUUCAAACCUCGGAGGAAAGGUUGGAGGCUCUUGAGACCGGACUCACUGACGCCAAUACCGCUAUUGGACAAGAUAAUCGAGACAUUGCAUCUAUUCGCACCCAGGACAAGGACAAGGACAAGAUUGAUGCCGAAGAGUACCACCGUCGCACCGUCCAGGCGUUUCGCGAUCAGCUCACUGUCAUGAGAACGUCACUGGACGAAAAAGUCCAAGGUCUACGCUUCAAACAUGACGAAGAUCUCCAGGCUGUACAAAAGCAGACCCAAGAUGCUAUCGACCAGCUGGCUCAGGAACUUGUUCGCUUACGCGAGACCGAUAUCGCCAGGAAGAAGACAAUGAAGACUUUUUUUGACAAGAUCACCAACCGGAUCGAUGGGUUUGAGAAGAAGGUGGCUGACCAAGUGAUUUGGUAUAAAAGUAACUUCACUACCUUGGCCUCUGGUUUUCGAGACCUGAUGAGAGACGCUGUGGGACUUGGCCCCCCCGAAUCUGGGGGCGCGUCAGAGCAAGGACGAACAUGCGGGUAA